AUGCACUUACUCAGACGAUCUACAGGUCGGGCAUCGGUCGUUUCUUCUCCUAAUCUGCCCGCUCUCCGCGAACGCUUCAGGAUGCUGUCGAUUCUGGUGCUAUGUUGCCUCCAGCUCGGUGCUUACGCCGUUGGUCAGGAGGAUACCACCUUCAGAGAAAUAAGCAGAAUCGAGACUCUUGAUGAGACUCUCCAGGAUCCAGAUUUCGAUGCAAGUGCAGAAUCGGCCGUGAAAGAGCAUGGCAGCAUCAACAUCGAGAGUGGAUUUCCUCCGGCUUCCUCCGUCGAAGCGCAUAUGGGCCAGCAACAAGUACACGGCGGUCCCAGGAGCCAGCGAGAGCUGCAGCAGUUUAAACUUCAGGACCAAGCCAUCGACACUUCGUUCACGAAUCGUCAUGAGCCUCUCCAUCGUUUUCAGGAGGAAUCUGCACACUCCAGAGCAAUAUCUCGCACUUUGCUCCAAGACAGCUUCGGGGAGGCCGAUGCGCUCCUGCAAUUCAAGGCCGAAAUCGAAAGCUACACGGACAACGCUUUGGAUGGAUGGACAACGGGGAAUCGCUCCACCUACUGCUCGUGGACGAGGGUCAUCUGCGACGAUGAGCUGCACGUGAUCUCCCUCAACUUCUCCGGGCUGAAGUUGAACGGCACUUUGGGUCCUUCGCUGAGCAAGCUCGAAUACCUCGUGGACCUCGAUCUGAGCCACAAUGUCCUGUUGAGCGAGCUUCCCGUGGAAUGGGGUCGGCUGCAGAGGCUGCAGACCAUGAACGUCCACGACAAUUUUCUCUUCGGUGGAGUUCCUGCAGAGUACGGCAACAUGUCCAGCCUACGAGUCCUCUACAUCGGAGAACAGGGCGAGUUCUUCAAUGGGUUCAUUCCGGAGGAGCUGGGUUUGCUUUCUGAGCUCGAGGUUCUGGCCCUGGGCACGCUCUUCAAUUUCGACUCCAAGCAAGAAUAUUACCCUAACCGGUCGAACAAGAUGAGAGGCCCCAUUCCCAAGUCCAUCGCCAACUGCACGAAGCUGUGGUACUUGGAUUUCUCCGGCAACAGCCUUCUGACGGGUCCCAUUCCAAGAGAGUACGGCCAGCUCGUCAAUCUGGAGUAUCUGAGCUUCGAGCAGAACAAUUUCACAGGCUCAAUCCCAUCCGAGCUCGGAAACCUGACGAACAUCAAGUUUCUGCACUUGCGAAAAAACGCCCUGGAGCGAGAGUUCCCCGUGGAGCUAGCGUCGCUGUCGGAGCUCGAGUUUCUGAACGUGGGGAACAACUUCCUGACGGGGAGUUUUCUGACAGUGGAGUCCACUUCGUGGAGUCGGCUCGAAAAGCUCUUCAUCGACAGGAACAACUUUCGUGGCGGCUUUCCCAGAGCUGUGACGGCCAUGACGGCCAUGACGGCGCUGACGGAGUUCUACAUGUUCAACAACGAGUUCACCGGCGGCCUCCCCGAGAACCUGGGGCAGCUGGCCAACCUCCUUGAGUUCGAAUUCAGCAGCAACCAGCUGGGCGGGGAAUUGCCUGACAGCCUCAACAACUGCACGCAGCUCUUUCUGCUGGGAGCAACGAGCAACAACCUCACGGGCACGCUGGACCCACUGAGAAACCUCUCGUUGCUCGGUCGCUUGAACGUAGCGAACAACAAUCUGAAUGGCACGUUGGACCCGCUGAGAAACCACUCGCUGCUCGUUUCCCUGAACGCACGGAACAACAUGCUCACGGGCACGCUGGAGCCGCUGAGAAACCUGUCGCUGCUCGAUUCCCUGUUCGCAGACAACAACAUGCUCACGGGCACGCUGGACCCGCUGAGAAACCUGUCGCUGCUCGAUUCCCUGUACGCAGCGAACAACAAUCUGAAUGGCACGCUGGAGCCGCUGAGAAACCUCUCGCUGCUCGUUUACUUGAACGCACGGAACAACAAUCUCACGGGCACGCUGGAGCCGCUGAGAAACCUCUCGCUGCUCGUUCACUUGAACGCACGGAACAACAAUCUCACGGGCACGCUGGACCCGCUGAGAAACCUCUCGCUGCUCGAUUACUUGCACGCAGCAAACAACAAUCUGAAUGGCACACUGGACCCGCUGAGAAACCUCUCGCUGCUCGAUUACUUGGACGUAGCGAACAACAAUCUGAAUGGCACGCUGGACCCGCUGAGAAACCUCUCUCUGCUCGAUUUCUUGGACGCAGCGAACAACAAUCUGAAUGGCACGCUGGAGCCGCUGAGAAACCUCUCGCUGUUCCUUUUGAUAGACGUAGAGAACAACAAUCUCACGGGCACGCUGGACCCGCUGAGAAACCUCUCGCUGCUCAGUUACUUGGACGCAGCGAACAACAAUCUGAAUGGCACGCUGGACCCGCUGAGAAACCUCUCUCUGCUCGUUUUCUUGGACGCAGAGAACAACAAUCUCACGGGGACGCUAGAGCCGCUGAGAAACCUCUCGCUGCUCCAAGACCUGCUCGCAGGGAAGAACAAUCUCACGGGCACGCUGGAGCCGCUGAGAACCCUCUCGCUGCUCGUAAACCUGUACGUAGCGAACAACAGGCUCACGGGCACGUUGGAGCCUCUGAGAAACCUCUCGCGGCUCCGAACCCUGUACGCAUCGAACAACAGGCUCACUGGCACGCUGGAGCCGGACUUCAUCUCGGACUUCAUCACCUUCUUGCUCCUGAACGACAACGACUUCCGAGGCCCCAUUCCCGCCGAGCUCGGCAAGCUGCCGAGCUUGUUAUUGCUCUUCCUGCACAAUAACGGGCUGUCAGAGCCCAUACCCACGAGCUUAGCUGACCUGAAGAACAUCUACGAGAUCAAUCUGAGCAACAAUUUUCUGACGGGAGGAAUCCCUCUAGAGCUGGGGCGACUGCAGUACAUGAGGUAUCUCAACCUCCACAGCAACAACCUCACGGGAACCAUUCCCGCGUCUCUGGCGAACUGCAGCUCCCUGAGAAACAUCAGGCUGAGCAACAACAAGCUCACGGGCAAUGUGACUCAAAUUGACUUCUUGCAGCUGCGAUCCCUCGAGAGCUUUUCUGUCAACGGGAACCAGCUGGGCGGAGAGUUUCCCGUGAGCGUGUACAACUGCACAAAUCUGAAGCUCCUAGACCUGAGCAGCAAUGAAUUCUCAGGGGAGCUCCCCGACAAUUACGAGUACUCUCAGCCAGUGAUGCGCGAAUUGCGAGUUUUGAAACUAUCAUCCAACGAAUUUGGUGGCCGCUUGCCCGGCUGGAUUUGGAAGCUUCCGGAGCUGCAAGUGCUCGACUUGUCGCACAACUCAUUCGCGGGAGUCUGGCCCACCAAUCUCUCGGGGUUGGAAGGCUUUAGUCGCCUCGAAGCGUCGCCAGACGACGCCGGCGGAGGCAGCAGUGUCAGCAACCGUGUCCUCCCCGUCCGGGUCGAGGUGGAGGGGAGGAAAUUGCUCGAGCAAAUCUCCAUUGAGGCCAAAGGUUCGCGACUCGAACUCGAGUACGUCCUCGAGACUCUGUUCUCCAUCGACCUGUCAUACAACCAGCUCUCCGGGGGGCUCCCGUACGCGCUUGGAGAGCUGCGCGGGUUGACGUACUUAAAUCUGACGCACAAUAAUUUCUCGGGCGAAAUCCCUCAGGUUUUCGAAGAUCUGCUGCGUCUCCAGUCGCUGGAUUUGUCGGCCAACUAUUUCACGGGGAAGAUUCCUGCGGUGCUGAGCAGGCCCAGCUUGAGCUAUCUGAAUCUCUCCUACAACUUCCUCGAGGGCGAGAUUCCCACGGCGAAUGCUUUCUCCACGAGGUACGACAUUUCGUCCUUCAAGCCCGGGAACGAUCAGCUCUGCGGGGCCCCGCUCGAGAUCACUUGUGCGGCGCAAGACAGCAACGCAAUCGGAAGCUCGGCCUCACUCGGGGCUCCGUCGUUCGAGCUCCUGGAUGGUACAUUCUGGCGGGCCUUCGAGAUCGGAAUUCCGAUCGGGGUCGUGAUUGUGAUCGGGGUCGUGAUCGGAACGCUGAGAACAAUGCCCUGCGCACGACACUGGCUACUGCGUACUCAAGAUUUCGCUCGCCAUUCCAAGGACGGUAGAUACGGAGUGUUCAACGAACCGACAUAG